AUAGAUGGUGCCGCACUCUUUCUCGUUAAUCAACAAUUAUACUUUGCGCACUAGUGGUUGUACCAUUUCGUGUAUAAACCCUAAAGAAACCAUACGGCAGCCUUACCGUUCGCUUGCCAACGAAUUCCGAUCGACACGCACUCGAAUCCGUGCUUCUGACCAAGCUCAUGCAUACUGCACCCUCCACGGCGGCUGCGGCCGCCGCCUCCGCAUCCACCGCCGUCGCCAGUGGUCAGAGCCAUCACCCUAACGGCCCAAUCUCUUCAAAGCAAGAAAGCAAACUUGUUUCUUCGCAGCCCGCGGAUAUCGUGGACCCAUCGCAACCCUCUCCCGCUGGUCCAAUUCGCAUAGACGGAUUCGAACAUGAUAUCGCCGUAUCCAGAUCGGAGUUCCUGACGCAGCCGGAAGUUCUUAAUCGCCGUGCCCGCAGGCUCAAGCAACUCGCUCGGAUUUACCGCGACCACUAUUGGGUAUUGAUGGAGGAGAUUAAAUCGAAACACAGAGAAUAUUAUUGGGACUACGGAACAAGUCCAUUUGUCAAGGAUGAGGAGAACGAAAGGAUGAAUUCGACUCGUGGGGAUUCCGUUUCUGCAGCUGCGGAGAAUGUCAAUAAUGGGAAUCCGGGGGUUAAUGGUGGAAAUGGUGUGUAUAAUCCUGGUGGUCGGUGUGGGGUUCAUGGGUGCAAGGCCAAGGCCAUGGCGUUGACGCGGUUUUGUUAUAUGCAUAUACUGGCUGAUAAAAAACAGACGCUUUACAAGGGUUGUACUUUCGUCGUCAAGGGACAUGUAGUAGGAGACACCUUUUCCAAGUUCGCGUGAAUCUAAAAUCCCCGUAAACUUGAUCUCACUGGGCUAAUUUACAUUAUUAAAGAUUAGACUAUGGUGUUGCAAGUAUCCACAGACUGGUAGCAUCGGUUUGUUGAACUGUCUUGCUUGAUUAGACAUCAUUAAUGAUUACUUGUAAAAGAUCAAAAUUGAAAAAUCCUUUCCUGAUAUUGAUCUCUGCAAUUAAUAGAUCGAAUUAUUGUUGUCUGUUUUGAUCUGAUUCAUUUAAUUUACAUUAGUACGCCCUCCGUCCCUCUACUUUUGCUAGUUUUAUUUUUUGUACGGUCUUUUAGGUAGUAUAAUAUUAAUAGUUUUUUGACGAGUUUGCCAUUACUUUUUGGUUGGAAUUGUUCUAUAAAUUGUUUUUAUUUUUUUUACCAGUUUGCUCUUACUUUAGUACUCCCUCCCUCCCAUUACAUUUGCUAUUUUAAGAUUUGGUACAGUUUUGUAGGUAGUAAACUUGAUCUCACUGGGCUAAUUUACAUUAGUAAAGAUUAGACUAUGGUGUUGCAAGUAUCCAUGGACUGAUAGCAUCAGUUUGUUGAAUUCUGGUGGUUUGCUUGGGGGUUUGGAUUUUGAAUUGGAAUUCGAAUAGUAAAAAUUUUAAAUUAAAAUAGUUGUAUGAUGUGAUAUAAAUAGGUGUUGAUGUGAUGCGAUGUAUGAUGUCCAGUUAUUAUCACUUUUCCUCAAUGACUGCAUAUAUUGUUUUAUAAACCUACUCUCGCCUUCCUUUUCUGCUUCUUAACUGUGAUGUCUGAGAUUUUUUUUUUUUAUUAAAGUAUCUCGGCAUUAUAGUGCAGAUCAGCCUGCCAUCCAUUUUCCCUUUAGGUAUUUUUGAUAUAAUAUUUAAGCGGCAGAACCUUUUCUAUGUACGAGGGGUACCCUGUGCUACACUGGCUAUAACACCGCAAGUAUUUGUCUGUAUUGUUGUAGUUACUAAUACUAUUUGGUCUUUUAGCUUAAUCGACAGCUUAGCUAGUUAUUUAAGUAGGUAAUAUCCCUCCAUUGUUUGUCAUACCUGAAGAUGAGCACAACCCUUAUAAAUGAAGAUUUCUUGUUUAGUUUUCUUCUGGAAAUUGCUUCUGUGUUGAUAAUUGAGUUUUGUAAUUAUGCUUCCUUGUGGAAAUGCCUGUGAAGGAUCUCUCUUGAGAUAAAUUUGAUGUGAAGUUCCUAUUAUUUGGCAUUUGAACUAAAUAUUAGCUAGACUUUAAUCAGUUUCCCAUUAUUGUAUUAAAUUCUUUUGUUUUAGUUGACUGGUUAUCCAUAUCACGCAAGCCAUUUGUACAUUCAUUUUUAAAAUUAUAUAAGAAAAUUGUUGUUUGAUUGAUGAUAUCGUACGCAUAUAUAAGUGUACGAUUACGUAUCAUAAUCAUUUUAAAGUUAGCCAGAUGAUCUUGGCCGAACAUGCCCUUUGCAUAGAUGGAUGUGAUUUGCAUCAAUUGAAUAAAUGGUUGUUUGUCUCAAGUUUUAUCUUAUGCAAGGCAUUUCUAAGUUUCACUAUGAAUAUAUAAAUUAGAUCAUUUGGAUACCAUUCCACCUUCUAACGUUAUGAUUAAAGUUUACUUGCCAAAACUUAAAUGUUUCCUUCCCUUCUAUGAUUC